GCAAUACAUAUAAAGAACAAUAAAGAUAACAGAUAAAGAAUUUGAAAAGAAUAUAUAACUACGAGCUGUCCCGACCCGGCGUUGCCCGUGUAUUAGUUUAAUUUUGGCAUUUUCGUCGGCAAUGUAUUAGUGUUUAAUUUAAUUGUAUGUGUGUGUGUGUGUGUGUGUGUAUAUGUUAAUUGUUGUAGCAGUAUUGGGAUUAUGGAUAACAUAUAUGUAUAGGCUGUGAAUAUUAUUAUUAUUAUUUUUUUUUUAUUGACGCACCUUUUCAUAGACCACGUUGGUCGUUCGUCCGUUGGGGCGAGGACGACCAAGGCGCUGGGGGAACAACUAACUGGGCGUUUAUUAGUGAAUGAGCGUGUAUCGGACAUUUUACUUAUACAUACAGAUUUGGUCACUAUCUUCGGCCGUGUGUUUGGUUGUUGUUCCCCGCUGUUUUUCCCGUUCCCUUUUAAUUAAUGGUCGUUUUAUCCGUGACGACCAAAUUGCCCAGGUAACCCAUGAACAAACAUUUGUAUUACGCGACAUUCUCUGAAGGGGGAAUCAUAGAACGUAAAUUGAUUGGGGACAUGGAAUAAUUGGUGGCUUCUAGUACCAUAGGAUGAGACAUUAAAAGAAACCACGGUGAACAGUUUGGUACAUCCAAUGAACCAUUUAAAAGAGAGGUGAUAAAGGCCAAAGGUCACGACCUAACCUAAUCUAACCUAACCCGAAAAAAAAAACAGAUAGACAUUAUAAAUUGAACUUCGAAUGAGCAACUAUUGUAGGUAAAUGAGGAGUUGAGAAGGUAAAAUUCAAAGAGGAAUUUAAUUUAUACCUCUACACAACAAUUGAUCAUCUCUAACGAAAAAAGAUUCUGAACGAAGCUGUUUCCGCACGUUUUUUUUUUUUCAACAAUGUGCGUUUUCACGAUAACAUCGAUUUUUUAAAAAAGAUUAAAAUAAUAAAAACAAAAUGAUAACUUUAUUUUAAAUCUUUUAAAACUUAAAAAUCAAUUUUCCUUAUUAUCUCGAAUAUUAAUGACAAUUUCCAAAAAUGAUCUUUCUAAAGUACCAACUAGAGCCAAAAAAAGGUCCACUUAUCAUGUUAUUUACAGGCAAAAAAAAAAGCAAAGUAAAACCGAUAGAUCCCUCACUUCGGAAUCUAAAAUUUAGCGAGUCUAUUUGUAAUUUAACUUUUGAGAUUGGGAUACUCAUGAGUUUAUUUUAAACUUGGGGGUUGUUCUGUUUCAGUGGACUUUAAGCCUUCAAUAUUUUUACUUGUGUUUAUAGAGAAUACAUAAAUACUCAAGAACUGAAUAGACUAUAGAAGACCGAUUGUAUAAUAUUACCACGGGCCGGACCGGAUUUCCAGUCAGACCCUGCAAAAAGAUGUCUCGUGGGAUAUGUGAUAUUUGGAAAUUGGAAUAAAAUUGUUCGUACAAAAACCUAAUGGAAAUGUAACAAAUAUUAACAAGCAUUGGUCGUUGGAACAAAAGUACUGUGGAAAAAGUAUUUUGUAGAACUAAAGUGAUCCGUGGUAACCCCCUAUAUUUUUUUUUUUAUAUAAUUAAUUCUAUUUCCUAUUUGUACAGCCACGCUUGUCAUUUCAUUUAACCAUUUUUGUGGACCCGAAACGAAAGGAACGAUUUACUAAAAGAAACGAAAAAUCUAGCAGUCUGAGACCGAAUCUAUAAAAUAUCCUCUAUAUCGUGCUUAAAAAACUUAUUAAUAAACGAUGUUUCCAAAUAGCAUUUUGGUGGAAGCCGAAUUGGCAAAUGGCACAAUAAUGUGAAAAUAUUAUUGUGAUUUGUGAGCAUGUAUUUAGAUAUCCGUGUCUAUAACAAUUAGGGUAGGGGGCAGUCGUCCAAAAAUGAUUCAACCACGUCGAGUAGGAUUUUAUGCACGGUUUAUGUUGGAGGAAAAUUGGAUUAAUCCACCUUGGUUGGGGGGGUCUAUCUUAUACCGGGGUUUUAUCAUAGAUAUAUCUUUAUUAUCUAUAGGUUUUAUAAGUUACCAUCAUGAAAAUAUAUGCGGUUAUUAUUAUCUGUGUGAAUUAUUGAAAUCAUACCAUACCGAAUUCUUAUCAUUUUUCAGAUAACUGCUUAUCACUAUUCACCCCGCACCUGUAAGUUUAUUUGGGAAUUUGGUAUAGAUAUUAUUAAUUAUUAUAAUUUGUAUACAUUUUUUCAUUAAAUUAUUUAAAUGUGAAAUUGUUUGACGAGUUUCUAUUUAAAAUGCGUACAUGUUCGGUUCCCGGGUGCCAUAGCACCAAAAUGAAUAGUAAAGUCACUCUUUACAAAGUACCGUGCGAUAAAAGAAUAGACUGGGAAUUAGCAGUGCGUAGAGUACAUAAUAAACAAUGCAAAAAAUUAAAAAACUUAACGUUUGUUUGUUCAAAACACUUUUUAGAUGAUGAAAUAAUUUCAACAUAUGCAUUACCAUCUGAUGUUGCCGAGGCAAGUGAAUAUUAUAUAAGAUCAAUCAUUUUUAUAAAAAAAAAAAGUGAAAUAGCUUUACUAUGUGCUGUAUAAAAAUAUAAUAUUAAAAUUUAAGAUUAUUAUAAAUUUAAACUUAUUAUUUUAAAGGGAUUUGGACCAAGGAAAAAUUUUAAAUUGAAGAAAGGUGCUAUUCCUUCAAUAUUCAAUUCAAAUAAUUGUUGUGAAAAUCUUCCAACUGCAGGCUCAUUGAAAACAUUUAAACGAAAACUUUCUCAAGUACAUACAUAUUAUUAAUGAUUUUAUAUUUUCACCUCAGAAAAUUUUUGUGUAAUAUGAGCAAUUAAUAUUUCAAUUUCAUUUUUGAACUACUAUACAUUAAUUGAUUUUUUUUUAAUUUUAGUCUACAGUAACUAAAAAAAGAAAUUUAAAUAAUCUAGAAAAAAUAGAACCAAAUACAACACCCAGUAACCAAAUUUGUUUUGUUGAUGUACAAGUAAUGAUUUAAAUAAUUAUAAUAGAUAAUAUAAAAAAAAAACAACUUCAUAUUAUAUUUAAUACGUUUUGCUACUAUAAUACCAACAGUUUAAGUCAUUAUUUUUCUAGAAACCGGAUUGGUUCAAUGAUUUGUCACUGUUAGUUAAAACACUAAUUUUGCCAAUUGGAUGGUCAACUUAUACAGAUAAAAAAACUGUGGUAUUUCAUAAACCAGUUUUCAAUUUUAACAAACUCAUCAUAGAAAAACAAAUGAUAAUCACUGAUGAUCAAAAUAUAAGUUUUUUCAUACAUCAAAAGACAAUAGAUCCUUUAAAAGCAGGAUUAAUUUUGAUAAAGAAUCCUCUGAGCACAAUAAAUGUAUGUGAAGUAAUUUCAUUUUUUGAUUACAAACAAAUUUGUCAAGGUGGACCCUUGAUAAUGGAUUUUCCAGGUAAUAGAAGUAUGAUUUUAUAAGUAAUUAAGUUCAUUUUGUAUAAUAGAAUGUAUCAUUUUACUUUCAGUUAAACUAAUAAUAGAAAUAUUACAUUUAUUUAUUUAGAAAUAAUUAAAACAAAAAAUGCAGAAAUCGACAAUACAUUAUGGCGGCAUAAACAGUGUCCAAUGUUAUUAAACAUAAAAAGGAUCUGUUCAAAAUGUCAAUAUUUAUUCAAAUUAUUUAAAAAAUAUAAAAGAAGAUCUUUGGUUUCACCUUCAAAACUAAUGGCAUCUACACCUGUACUCAUGGAACACUCCUACUCGUUGGAAUGCAAGGAAGCAAAAGACAAAAAGGAUAACAAAAACCCUGUAAAUACGUAAUGAUAUAACAUAUCAUUGAUUAAAAUAAUAUUAUUAAUUGUUUAAUGUGUACCUAUUUUAUGGAAGUGUAGUAAUCCUGUAUAAGAAAAAGAAAUUGAUUGAAUAUAGACUUUACAACUGAAUAUUAUUUUUUAUGUGGUGUUAUCAUAAAAUGUACCAUACUGUUAUUCUUAUUUUAAUAUACAGAGAUAUACCUACUGCACUUCCAUAGUAUGUUAUGUUUAUAUAGAAUUUAUAAAUUUGUAACUUGUUAUAUUUAAAAUUAUUAUAUUUUACACCGCAAUGUUAUUGUUUUUCAUAACUUCUGAGCGUUUUUUAUUUUACUACGAUGACAAUAAUGAUAAUGAUUUAUUUUUUAACAUGAAAACCACGAAUUAGUCUGUGAUGAAAACGUAACAGUCAACCACAAGCAAAUAGAUUUUUGUAUACAAGUCGCAUUACCUUCAAAUUCGUCAGCUGUGCUGGUGAUAAGAGUCCUAAUGUAUUAUAACCACUGAGAUAGAUGACAACUAGUAGUAGUAGUUGUUAUCAAUCUCAGUGAUAAUAACCGUAUUUAUUUAUAUAAGAUAAGAAUGAGGAAUGUAUCGGGUCGCCGUAUUAGGUUUUAGUUUUAGGAUAUUCACCGACCCAAAAUUAUACAAAAUAGAUCAAUUCGACAUAAAUUCAACAAGUAGAAUUUUUCGCGGCCCACCGAGAUUU